AUGGAGCCAAGGCCAACCAUCAAGUUUAAGCUGAAUGGGAUAUCUAAAUCUGAGGCUGAUAUCGAUAACUUGGAACUUCAAGCUUGUUAUCGCGCGCUCGACAACUUGCGGUGCUUAUUGUUUCAAGCGCCGAUGCUAGACCUUCUAAAAGAUCAAAUUGAGGAAGGAAACAACUAUUUUGAAUCGCUGAUUCGAGACUCGCAAGGGAAAUUCAGAGAGUGCAGAACAUAUAUGAAAGUAACCGGGGUCUCCGCAACUGAGAUGAGUGCAAUAUGCGGUCGCUGGCAGCUCUCCCAACCCCUCGAUGAGAUGGCACGAAACUUCGUAUUCCCAACGCACCCAGAGAACUACCUGGUUAUGCAUUCCCCAGGAGCCCCCGCCAGCAAAGGGCCAGACUGCGGGGUGGAGCUUAUCGGAGAGCACAUGGCCAAGGUUCGAUAUGUUGAUCUCGCGGAGAGCGGAGAGAUUCCCCAGUGGAUGGUAGAGGAGCGAGAAGAUAAGUACGAAAAGGCGGAGUACUUGGUCGCGACACUUGACAAUGGGAGCAAGUUCUUCUAUAUCAUGAACGAAUUCAUGGAUACCGAGGGCGGUUGUAGGAUCAAGCUGCGUGCCUUUUUUCCUGCUGCUUCGCCCUGGUCAUUGGUCAAUGGACAUGCUGAGCAUCUUGCGGUCGAGUUUCGAAAUCUGCUCCGUAUGAUUUAUGGGGCCAUCGAAGAACUGGAAGACAGCUAUUGA